UCAUCAAAUUCAAUGCGACAAUUUAGUCGCCGAGUUCAGCUCAACGCCGAUGGUUUAGAGACAGAAAGCACACAGCUAGUUAGGCCGAAAAUCUGCGUUUCAAAUAACACAUAAAGCGCAGUUAUUUUUGCCGCAGUUCCGUUGUGUUGUUCGCUGCACGUUUAAUUCAAUUCCCAAAAGUGAGAGAGCUGCACCCUGUAGUCAUGCCAGUCGGUGUGUAGGCCAAUAGAAACCAAAACAAAAAAAAAAAAUAAGAAAAUUUCAAAGGAAAGUUGAAGAAAAGAAAGCGACAAGUCAACGAAAAGGAGCCAAGCCGAGCACAAGGAGUUCGAACCGCGAGUCAAAGACUUACCUGUUUCGUAGAUUGCCGCCAGGACCAUGUCUCCCAAGGACGGCAGCAUGGGCAAGCUCGAGUACGGUAAGUACACGGUGAACCAGACGGCCCAGUCUCCUCCGAUCACGGCCACGAGCACGCCCUCACAGACCGCCAGCCAAGAGAAAGGUCCUCCAUCAAAGGAGAAGAAUGGCAAGGAUAAUGCUGCUACGACGACCACGAAGCGUUCCUUGCGGGAGAAAAUCCGUCUGGUGGCCAACAACAUCACCGUGGAGCCUAUCCUGGCGGCCUACAUCAUGCCCAGCGUUCUCUCCAACCUAGCCACACAGAACCUCAACCUCGAAAAGGCCUGUCGGGUGAACAUGGCUUACGGCGACGAGGUGUGCGAUGCCUUGACCCGUCGCCAAACUGCCAACUACACACUGGAGGAGGAAACCGUGCAACAGAUGGUGGCGCGAAUGGCCGCCUGGAAGACGGUGAUCCAGUCGCUGUUCCCCUGCCUGCUGAUCCUCUUCUGGGGCUCCUGGAGCGAUCGCCAUCGCCGCCGAAAACCGUGCAUCCUGAUCCCGGUGGUCGGGGAGUUCCUGGGGGUGGUGGGCCUCAUGCUGUGCGUCUACUUCGAGAAGGCGCCCAUGGAGGUCGCCGCUCUCACAGAGGCCAUCUUUCCGUCCCUCAGCGGCGGCUGGUUCACCAUGCUGAUGGGCGUCUUCAGCUACAUAGCGGACAUCACCACGGAGGAGGAGCGCACCUUGCGGAUCGGGAUCCUCAACGUCUGCUUCUCGGUGGGCGUGCCCAUUGGCAUGGCCUUUUCCGGAGUGCUGCUCAAGCAAAUUGGUUUCUACGGCGUCUUUUCCAUUUCGGCCGCCUUCUACGUGAUCGCUUUUGUGUAUGGAUUCUUCUUCCUGGAGGAGCCGGUCGCGCGGCCGGAGAAGAGCGUGGAUCAGAAAAGCCUGCUGGCAGACUUCUUCGACAAGGAGCACGUGGUGCAGACGUUCCGCGUGGCGUUCCAAAAGGGCGAGAACCAGCGACGCAAGCGAGUGAUUCUUCUGAUGAUCGUGGUGAUGGUGAUCAUCGGACCACUCCACGGAGAGAUGGCUGUGACAUAUCUGUUUACCCGGUUCCGUUUCAACUGGUCGGAGGUGGAGUUUAGUUUCUUCUCCACCUACGCGAUGUUCACGGGCCUAAUCGGAGUGAUCUUCUGCGUAGGAGUGCUCUCGCACAAGCUGAACAUUGACGACGCCCUGGUGGGCGUCCUCUCUAGCACCUCCAAAAUCCUCUCCUCGUUCGUCUACGCCUUCGCCACCCUGCCGUGGCACAUGUAUCUCGGCGGCCUGGUGGAGAUCUUCAACGGCACCGCAUUUAUCGCUAUGCGCUCCAUCGCCACCAAGCUGGUUUCCAAGGACGAGCUGGGCAAGGUGAACUCCCUCUUCGGUGUCGCCGAGGCGCUCAUGCCGAUGGUCUUCGCUCCCAUGUACACCACCCUCUACGCGGCCACUCUCCGGGUCCUGCCCGGCGCCUUCUUCCUCCUCGGCGGUGGUCUCACCAUGUUCUCUGUAAUCAUCUUCCUAUGGAUGUACCGUUUCCAGUUGAAGCAGAGACGCCGUCUAGCCCGCUCGGACGCGGAGCGGGCUUCCGUGAAGGACCCGAACGGCAACAUCAACGCCAUCGAAGCCUUGGCCCUGGCCAGUGAGGCCAAAGGUCAAAUGAACGGCAUUAUUUCCAAUGUGAUACACGAGUCCCUCGAGCAUGCCGAUCCCCCACCUCCGACUGCUUCCGAUCCGAUUGAACGGGGAAUCGAGAACCAGGGAUUCAUUCAGGAGGAGCUCCGGGACACCAAGGCGGUGUAGGAAAGCCUUUUGACCCUGUCUCCCCUCAUGUACAUACUUAUAGACACACGUUUCCCCAGGGAUGAUAAAAACAGGAAGAUCGUGCGCGGAUUCAAAAACUAUGGAUUUCCUAGAUCUCGUGCGAGAUUCUAGAUGGAAGUCACCUGAUUUUAUUGCAAGAAAAGUUUAUUUCCACAUUUUUAAAACCUGUUUGAAAAAAGUAUUCGAAACUUAUGUUUCCAAAUACCUAAACAUCGUAUUCAUCGCCUUUUUCCUAUCCACCUACAAAAUAACAUGUACAAUUGCAAAUACACCUACAUAUUUUUUUUAUUUAGCCUUAAGGAUUUUAUGUAUUUCCAAGUUUUUGUUGUAAUUAUCAUAUUUCUGUUUUUAGCUUUCAUAAUAUACAACGUUUUUUUUGUUCGUAGCUAUAAGAAAUAUUUAGAGGUAUUUAAUAAAUGUAACUGCGACCGAAAA